CAUUGUCAAAGAUUGGAAGACGGAGACAUGCAACAGAUUUGGUACAUGAAUUUGUCCAAUUGCCAUAGGCUAUGCGAUAAUAUAGGGUUGGACGCUGCAAAGAUGGCAAAUAUUUUAGUGAAUCAGGUAACAAUCAAUACCAGACGUGAUAUUGGUGUUUUUCUUCCAGGCAGUGAAGUUCCCGAGUCGUUCAGUUUUCGCAAAGACGUAGGUGUACUUCUUCCAAAUAAAAAUGAUCAUUUGUUGGACUUCCCGAUUGAAAUUCCUUGGACUCCCGGAUUGGAGAACUUGGUUUUGUGUACUGUUUGUGAACCUACGGAAUCAUUUAGUAAGCCGUGGUUUCCUGUAUUGUCAGUUUUGAAUUUGAUCGAUGGAGCACACAGAUAUUGGGGUCAAGAUUACUCAGUGUCUGAAGGAUGGACAGGGGCAGGUCAUGUGGAGCUGUGGCAUAUUCCAUUACUAGCUCACACGAAGCCGAAGGGUGAUGAUCAAUUAAAGCCGCCUAUUCAUCGAAUUAUUAAUGUUUCCUACAGAUGCGGCAGAGGGCUCUUCAAAAGCUUUGGGGCUCACCUGUCUCGUAUCAGCAUGCCAAAGGAUGGUAAGGAUGGUGAUGAUGAUGAAAAUGAAGGUGAAGAUGAAUUAGAUGAUGAUGAUGAUGAUGUGAGGUGAUGAAGUUCGACCCAGAAAGAGAAAAAAGAUGACCUCCCUCUGCAUUUCAAUGUGUUGAUGUUGUUUGGGUCUCCUCGGUUUGUGCGCUAUUCUUAAUCCAAUCUGACUUAAGAUCAUUAGGUUCUCCGAGUGACUAGGGGUUUGUUUUUGCAUCUUUAGCAGCAUGUCCUUAUUUUG